AUUUAAUCUGUUAAAAGAUCAAUACAACAUAAAUAGUCUCAUAUAGCACCAGUUGGUAAAUUUCUUGUUUUCGCAGUUUUCAUAUGUCAAGUUAUUAUCACUAUUCAAUUUUAACAUGUGAUUGCACUUUGUUGGGCGUGAAAGUGAAAGUUGAGAAAUUUAAGGAUUUUACACCUUGACAAUAAACAGAAGCUCUGUACUGCAGUUGAUCAUUGGGCGUCAGUCACUUUGGCAAUUGAUAUCACGAAUUUAAGGAGUUUAAUUAAUGAGAAUUUCUUCAGUAUUUACUGUUUGAAUCGGUCUAUACUGUUUGAAAAUUGUUCAAUGCAAAAAAUUUGAACAAGGAAGUAAGAUAGUCAAGAGGAUUGAGUACGAGAUUAUAGGAUUUAUAGCAAAGCCAGUGAAAAAGAUGGUUACAAUGAUUCGUCCUUCAGAUUAACUGACCGUGGUAAAUUGACCUUAGAUUUCCAUGUUAAGUCAUUAUGUAACGUGCAAAUCAAAACUGAACCUCAUUCCAGUGACUGCAAUGCAUGGGUGCAGGACGAGCAAAACAAUAACAUUUGUAAGAUAGUUGACGUGAGAGGGAAUGUAGAAUUUACGAACAGUUUAAUGAAUAAUAAUAAUAAUGGUGGUGAUAAAGAAAGUCUGACUGGAAGUAGUACUACAACAGAAAACUGGCAAUCGAACAAUGUUUCCCGUCAAUCUGAAAGUAUAAAUAGCACCAGAAAUUCAAUGAUGUUAGCCAGUAGUCCUGCUGGUGUCUUUAAACCCCCAAUGACUGUGGCUGACCAAAGGCUUAUAUCAGGCGGAAUGCCUUAUUCAAUGAUACCAUCUGGACCUGUGUCACCCUACAGUUCUUAUUUCACACAAUAUGGAUAUCCUCCACGUAAUUAUCCACAAAUUGAUUCAUAUUCAUAUUCUGCAGUUCUACAAAGCAUGGGAAGUCAUGCAGCACAAACCCAAAUGCCGUGCAAUACCUAUGGGUCUCAGUACUCCAUGCUGAAUAGCCCACAUCAACGAUCAAUGUCUGUUUCCGCCUCAGGGCAGGGACAGCAUGUGUCAUCCCGACGUAGCCCGGGAGAUACGUCAGAAAGAGAUAUUGACUCUAAUAUACCACACAAUUAUGGUAAGGAGGAACGUACACAUAGUCUUUCAUCAGUAGAAAUAUCCAGUUCAAAAACUGUAUCUUUCAAAGACCCACCUCCAAGGAGGGAAUUAUUAAACAGUAAAGAUAUGAACUAUAAAGUGCCUAGUGGUAAAGAAGGAAGUUUAAAACAUCGAAUCUUGACCCGCCCAUCAGACAGUACUCCAGAGAGUUCUGUGGUGGAUGUACAUUAUGGUGAACCUUCUGCCAAAAGAACAAGAUACGAUUCUCUUAAUGUUUCCACAUCAAAUCACCAAGAAGAUAAUGGAUCUUCUUCAAAUUUACAUUUCCCGCCACAUUUUAUGAAGGGUUCUAUAAUACAACUCACAAAUGGUGAACUGAAACGUGUUGAGGAUCUGCAAACAGCAGAUUUUGUACAUAGUGCUGAAAUAAGUAAUGAUCUCAAAAUUGACUCUAGUUCUGUUGUACGCAUUGAUGAAAAUAACGAGCGAGGGACAGCAGUGCUUGGAUUUGUUGUUGGAGAACACAAAGUUCAGGUGACUGUUGAAGCUUCUGUUGAACAUCCAUUUUUUGUUUUCCAUCAAGGAUGGUCAUCUUGUGAUCCACAACGUACACUCCAACGAUAUGGACUUGAUUGCCAUAAACUCUCUGUCGGUGAUAGAUGUAUAUCACUGACUCACAAGGAAGUGGCGGACCGUGCUGCUGAACUUUUACAACAGCAACAACAACUAGGUGAUAAUCCAGCGUAUAGUUUUGGUGAAACUGUCUCGGGCAAUAAAUCAGGGAUAUCAACCCAGGGCUUGGACCUGAACAGGUCUCAACACAGAUAAGAAUGGUCAAGCCUUACAAAUGUUGAUAUUUUGAUUGAUAGACCUUUCAUGGUCAUUUUGCAGACCCUAAAAUAUACUUUUGACUGUAUAUGGUCAUUAUAUAGACCCUAAAUGCUGUAUGGUUGACCAUAUAUUGUCAUUUUGUCAGACCUUAAAUCUGUUACUGGCCUAAUUGGUCACAAUGUAGACCUUAAAAUUAUAUCAGAAAAUGAAUCUCUGAAUGUCGAAAUAUAUUUUUAACAUAAUUUAGACAUAUAUGCUGAUUCAUUUUUUUUAAUAUACAACCCCUUUGCAGGGAAAAAGUAGUAUAACUAGUAUUAACAUAGGUCUUAUGGAUAUAAUUUUUAUACAAAGUGUAUAAUAAUCAACAUUUCUAAACACAUUGGUUCAUUGUUAUCUUCUGUUAUAAAGAUACAGUCUUACAUAAAUGCACACAUUAGCACAAAAUGGCUGUCAUUUGCUGCAUCUUGGUUUAGUCAGAUCUGCAUAUAGUAUAAUUUUGAUUUGAUUGAAUUUCCAACACUGCAAUCUUUCAUAGUUUCCAUUUGUACAUGUUUUAAACAAUUUAUGACAUAACUGCCAUGCUUGUCAGAAUUUCUUGAACAAAAUCUUUGUUAUAUUACAUGGGUAGAAAGGAGGAAGAGGUGUUAGAUUUGAUGAUAUUUUACCGUCAGAUUCUGUCAAAGCCUGUGCAUUGGAAUCAAAGUUUCUAAAGAUAAUUUACAUCAGACAAUUUAUGAAAAAUUGUAGAAACCAUAAAGACAAAACAAAUCAAAAUACUUUGUUAAAAAUUAACAGGGAUUGAAUUUGAAAUGCCUUUUCAGAAAAUUGUAAAAUACAGUGCCUUAGAUAAUGGAUAUUUUCCAUUGAACAUUUUUUUUCUUUUAUUGUCCCUUUGCUGCUUUUGGAUUUUGGAGGUUUCAGAAUAGGUUUACAUAGAAGAUAUUUGUGGGAUUUUCUUUCUUCUAAAACAUUACAGAGUUCCCUAACUUUUUUAAGUAUGAUUUGCUUUAAAAAAAUUUACAGACAAUAUUUUUCAAAAGAUUCAGUUAAUUUAGAAAUUUCACUAUUUUUAAAGAGUUUUCCUUAGAUUCCUAUAAAAAUGACUCACCAUCUGAAAAAUAAUUUUUUAUAUAAUGUUAAGUCUUAUGACAGAUCAGGCACUGUUGUCAAUGUUUGAUAAAACGGAAUUGCUGUUUUCAAUCAAACCCCACAUUUUUUCUCAUUUGUUUGCAUGUACUAAUUUUGAUCUGUUAAGGGAGGUAAUUUGUGAAUAUAAGAAAGAUCCACAAAGAGGGAACUACAAUUUCUGUAUAAAAUGGUUUAAUGAAGGAAGAUAAGACCUGUGGGAAAAGUGGGACUGUUGAUUUAUUUUCAGUAAUAUUUUUAUUGAUUUCUGGGAAAUUUUGAAUAAAUAAGUUUUAUUAUUUUAUGAAGUUGCUUUAAAGGGUUAAUAAAUUACAUGUUCACUGUUCAAUCAGAUGUUUCCAUUUCAAACAACAGAUAGAAUAUACUUAACUAAACUAAUCUUGAAAAUCUUGGUUAGUGCCACAUGAAAUUACUUUCUAGCUGCUCAAAAUUUCUAAUAUUGUUGAGAGAAAUGGACAUUUCCUUAAAUACUUUCAAUUUCAAAGCCUCAUACACUUUUAAGUUCCCUAUGAGUAGAAAGAGAGAAGAGCAGUUGAGAGAGCAACUCAAAACAGCUCAAGGUUACCAGGAGACAUGUUAAGGUCACCUUAGGGGUUUCUGGAUUGAUAAGCACUCACUCAUGUGACAAGCUUUAAAUCAACUGGAUUCUAAAUAUCUUGUGAAAGAUUUCAAGGGAGACAACCAAAAAUUGAAAUCCGCAAUAAAGUUUGUUAAUAGUAGAACAAUUUUAACAUUCAGAACAACUAAUAAAAUUAAAGGAACUACAUAAUACAUGCUAACUGAAGUAGUACUGUAUGAUCAUUUUUGUUGCGACAGAAACAAAGAAAAGUUAAUGUGAAUUUACUUAUUAUAACUCAAAUAAACUACAUCUUCUGAACUUUAUCCAAUCAGAUUUUAUCCAUAUUAUCAAUGAACCUCCAUUCUCUUAAACUUUUUUCAUCCUGCUUUGUUUUCAAUAUAUAAAACAAUAAUAGACAGCUUGAUAGAAAUUCUUGUUUACAUUAAGAAUUAUGUCUAGAAAAGAUGCUACUUCAUCUUUAAAGCUGCAGUUGUUAUACAGUUUUUCAUUCCAUUUGUCCAAUAUCUGUCCCUGAAGAAGAAAAUCAUUGGCCAAUAUCUGACAUAGAGAAAUUGGAUUAUGGGAAAAUUUUGUUCUAAUGUAGACUUUUCCUUAUAAAUGACAAAACAAACAAAAGAACUCGCCAUUCACCAAAAAUCUAAACACUAAAUACAUAUUUUCUACUAUUCACUGUUUUUAUGAAAGAACGUAGCUGAAAAUCUUUACUAUUACUAUUAUUAUUAUUAUGUUUUUGUAGAACAUAAAUCCAUAAUGAAAGACUUUGAUUAAGUGCUCAAGAAUUUUAGAUUUGUUAUUAUUUUUACUGUUUAAGGCUAUCUUAUGCUUGUUAAGUUUGUUCUUAUGAAGGAUAUGAGAUUUUAAGUUAAGUUUACAAAUUAAUUUUAGCUUGUUUUCAUUUGUAAAUGGCAAAUCACGUUUUUAGAAAGCUUUUAUGAUAUUUCAUUCAGUUUGUUAAUGUAUACGGCUAAUUUUUUUUUUAAAAGAAGUUUUAUAUGAAAGACAGUGGAAUUUUUUUUUUCAGUUGCAUUAAAAUUAGUGGAAUAUGUUAUUGAUAGAUUGAUAUGUAUUAUUCAGAGAUCUGUGAAAACCUUUAAAACUGAUUUGGAAAGAACAAAAUAAAAAUUGAAAGCUUUUUCUGAAAUUGAAUUAGAAGACAGUGUUGUUAUAUAGUGGUAAUCAUAUUGUGAUAUUUAUAGAUAUUUUCUGUAAAAGAUGUUGUCAUGGUUACCUGUUUUUCAUUGUCAUGGUAACAAUCACCUUUUAAGUUGUAACAGUUAUAUGUAUUUUAUUCGAUGGAGUGGUUAAAAUUUAAUUUUGUUAAAAUUUAAAUAAAGUUUUAUUUUAAAGUUUAGAUAUUGUAACAGGAACUGUGAUUACGAACAACUUUUUAGCGUUGAUUACUAGAACACCGAUGUUUUAGAACAAAUUUGUUAGUACCUGUAUGGAAAACUAUUGAAUACUUAAUAUUUAGAACAUAACUUAGAACAGAUUUUGAUGGUCCAAUGGGUGUUCAAGAAAUCAAAAUAUCAAAGUAUUUGCUUUAACAUAAUCAAGGUCUUUUGGUACAUGGUAUGCUCAGGGUCUGAGCUUUUUUUGUUAAGGGAAGAAACUCAAUAUGUAUCAAUUUCAUUUAAUUUUGAAAUAAACUCAAAAUAAUGCGUUUUAGUUUUUGCAGAUUUCAAAGAAUAGUUGGAAAAUAACAAAGUGUUUAAAAUUAAAUUCAUGUUUUACAAAUAUUUGUUUAGGAUGUUCAGUAUUUAAUUCACCAAUAUCAGAAAUAAGCACUUCUUUGAGACAGAUACUACACACAUUUGUUUUGAUGUCCAUGAUAAAAGGCAAUGGAUUCAAAUAUAUUCCUAAAUGCAUGUGAAUUUGCAUUUGCUUUUAAUAGGGUACACAUUUAUGUUUGUGUAAUAUUUUAAGCUGCUCCUUCUAAUACUUAAGUUCUGUAGAUUCAGAAAUUUUUGCCGUGUCUUUAUUAUCGCAACAAUUUCGACAGGAUAAUUUUUCGCAAAAAUUAGAACUUGCGUUUUAAAUUUGAUAGCUUUACUUAAAUGCAAAUUUCCGGAAAUCGCAAUAAUUAAUCUUGCAUAUUUAUAAAUGUUUCUUGAAUAUAAAAUCAACAAACCAUCUGCAUACACAUGUACCAUAUAAAGACUGUCACAAAUCAACGAUUGUAAAAUAAUACAUUGGUUUAUAAACUUGCUUAUAUACUAUAAUUGUUAUAAUACUUAUGAAAUGACUAAUGUUUUGUCAUCUUGUAUACAUUUAAGGUAUAUCAGAUUAUCAAGUCUAAGAUUUUUUUGAAUAAGUUCAUCUUAAUUUCUGUAAAACAUAUUUCUAUACAAGCUGUUUAUAAAAUGGCUAGAAAUUAUCUUGUUCAUGGUUAUAGCUCCAUUGAUAAGACCUGAUUUGGCAUAGGUUAAUCUGCUUUGUAAUUGAGGGACAUUUUAUUCAAGGAAAGGUAACAUGUGUGACUGCUUUCUCCUCAUCUAAUAAAUAUCUCCAUCCAAACACAUCACAAAAUUGUUACUGAACAGUAAAUAACAGUGAUAUUUCUUAAGUAGUAUGUUUCUCAGUUACUUAUCUAUUUAUCCUAUGUAAAAAUCAGGUAGUCAUUAAGUAAUAGACAUUAACUGGACAAUAGCUUAGGUUAUCUCCCUUUUUUCCAUUGAUGUAAUCAUUACAAAUCAGGGAACUGUACAUAUAAUUGUCAUAUACAAAGAAAAGUUGCCUUAAUCUGGGACAUGAUAUGUUAACUCUUCCCAGCCUUAAUUAACAGUUUAAUAAGAUACAAUAUAUAAUUUUUGAAGACAAAAUGGAAAUAGUUUGGUUAAUGAAUACAAAAAAUUAGGUCUCAUAGUAAACAAUUUGUUUGUCACCUAAUUUCAAUGUUUUAAUCAGUUAUUUUUCACAACACUGUCUUUGGAAUACUGUAGAAAUUUAAUGAUGAAAGUCUUUUAAGUGGUAGAAUGUUUUGUCUUCAAUGAAUCAGUAUGUAUUUUUCAAAUAUUUUGUGUUGAAUCUUCAGUGCUAUAGGAAUAAUUAUUCUAAAAUACAUAAACAUUUUCCCCUGUGUGCUGUUUUUGGUUUUAGUUAAUAUCAAUAAAACAGAUGAGUAACCUUUACUUUAAGUGCCUUUGGGUAGACCAUAAUUUCGAAACAAAAAAUGUUGACAUUUGAAUUCAACUAAAAUCUUUUGAGGAUGUCUAAAUGAUAUAUCGAUUCCGUUUUAACUGUCAUUAAAUUGGAUUUUUUUUUACUAUUUCUCUCUAAUCGUGAGAUUUAUUUUUAAAAAAGUUAACCAUUCAUUCUUCAGAAGUGUUAGAUUUCAAGGAGAAUAUAAGAUAACUAUUGCAUGACCAUCUGCUAUUAGAGAAAUUUGAAAAGAUUAAUGAUUGAGUACGUGUGAAUAAAUUUAAAAGUCCCCAAUGAGUUUUUAAAAAUAGAUUGAAAACAUAUAUAUAUUGUUAUGUAACACACAUUGCGUGUUGAUAGGAUAGCAAUUUUAUGGCAAGAAUUUAUUGUAUCAGACUAUGGUCACAUGAUUCACUGUACUUAUUCUUUGAAGUUAAAGACAAUUUUAUUUUCACGCAUACACUUGCAUUAUUACAAGGAUCAGUUCUUUUAUUUUUAAACCCAAUUCUUUUAUUUUUAAACCAAAAUGUAUAAUUUUCACAUUCUAAAUUGAAUCAUUUGUCAUUUUUUCCCCAAAAAAUGUUAAGACAUAAUACAGGUCACACAGUUUAAAGUUGCUGAAGUUACAAAAAUAGAAAGGGAUUUUCCCAUGUUAAAUUUGUAUUUUAAAGAUUUAUCACUAAGAUACAGAAGGCAAUCUUCUGGAGUGUGAGAAAGUGCAAAAGGGUGAAAUUUUAGCCUUCUUAGUUUUAUUUUAAAUCAUUCUUUUAUGUUUUUUGUAAACUAUUUUACCCAUGUGGCAGAUGAUGAAGACUCUGUAUGAGUUUGUUUUAUUCAUGGGGCAGAUGUUAUUAUUCACAGACUGGUUAGUGGAAAGUGAAUAUAGCCGGUGUACGCAAUGAACUUACCCGUAGAUCUCUUUGUUUUACUACUAUAUUGUUAGCCUGGAAUCAUUUCCUGGGUAUUACAUAAGUGCUAUUAUUAGAUUGUUGUUAUUUGUUGACAUCGUUGAACCAUGAUAUGUAAUGGAUUUGUUGAGGGGUUAAAACCUCCAAUACUUUUGAAAUACUUACAAAGUAUUUCAUUAAUGUAGUUGUGUCAAAAUAAAAAAAAAAGAUUUUUAUCACAA